AUGCCAGGAGAUUCCGAUUCUUCCUCGAAACCAUCGUCGGUAGCAUGUCUUCCCUGCCGCAGUCGCCAUGUCAAGUGUGAUGCCGUUAUGCCCACUUGCACUCGCUGUCGGACAAACGCUACCGAAUGCCACUAUAUUCGCUCGAGGAGAGGACUACGGAAACGUAGUAAGGACUCUUUAUCUCAACCGCUAGAAGAGAACGUCUUUUCGAUCGGUGCCGACACCUUGCCGGACUGGCUGGAUGCUGCUUUACCUCCAGACUUAAGCGUAGAUGCAGCAAAAACGUUUCUGCAGCCUCAUGAUGGCCCCACGAUUCAAGAGUUCUCUCUCCUUGACGACGCCCUCGCCCUCCCCGAGACAGACCUUGUCACCCCCGAGGUGGCAUAUGACCCGAUGAUCCAGCUCUACUACGAGAACUUCCAUCCUUCACAUCCUUUCAUGAUACCGAGAAAAGCGCUCGGCACCUCGCUCUGCUACCUGAUACCCCCGCCACUCCUCUCCAUCAUGCGCUAUAUCGGUGCUCAUUAUUAUCCAAAUCCGUCUCUCAAGCAGGAAUUCCGCCAAGCAGCGUUCAACGCUGCCUCUGAUGCAUCAAUAGGAGAUGGAGCCAGAGUUCAAGCGUUGCUCUUGCUAGCCAUCGUUGACCAUUCACAUUGCCAUGAGCAGAAUGCGCACCGGCUAAUCCAGACGGCCGUUAGCCUGGCACUGGAGAUUGGAGUAAAUCGUCAGUGCUUUGCUACCGAGCACUCCUACGGCCACUCCGUGUUGGAGGAAAGCUGGAGGAGGACAUACUGGGAGCUCUACGUUGUCGAGGGGCUAUUAGCUGCGAUGCGAGAGCAGAGUUCGUUCAGGUUAUAUCACGAACCGGUAAACGUGCAAUUACCCUGCGAUGAGAAGAUGUAUAACUGUGACAAUGUAAUACCGUCUAGGCAGAGCCUGGAUGACCUCCAGAACAACUGGACACUAGGACAGGACUUUUCAACAUUCGCCUACCGCAUCAGCGCCGUGCAGAAGCUCGGUGCCGUCCUCGAACUAAAUCGCUCCCUCGAACUCGAAGGCAGUCUCGAAUCCCAUAUCGAAACCAUCGAUGCCCAUCUCGUCUCCUCACUCAUGGUCCUCCCUCCACUCCACGGCACAGGAUACGACAGCUCCUGCCACGACGAGAUGGUCUUUCAAGCUCAAAUGAUCCUUUACCUAGCAUUAACCUACCUCCACCACCCCCGCUCCAGCAUGCGCUUCGCCUCCUUCCACGCCAACCCGCCAACCCCCUGCACCCGAUUCCAACUCCCCGAAACACCAACAGAACAACUCUCGCUCAACCACACACAAGCCCUAAACUUACACUCCCACAAACUCCUCCGCGCCGCAGACCACCUCUCCGCCCUCGCCACCCUCCCCAGCGCCAUCCACCGCCGCACCCCGUUCUUCACAUGCGCUCUGGCAAUGUGUAUAAUCGUGCACACCGCCGCCCUGCUCGUCGUUGAAUCAGACGAGAAGAAGAAGGAGGCGAUCAAGGCGCGCAUUCAGCUGAGUAUUGGGGGUCUGAAGGUGCUCGGGCGGACGUGGCCGCUGUCGAAGGUCGUGAGGGGGCAGAUGGUUGAUAUGUACCAGGCGGUUAAUGUGGGGAGGUAG